AUGGAAUUCUUUAAGGAAGUAUGGGACAUUAUCAAAGUUGAUCUUAUGGAAGUGAUAAAGGAGUUUGAAGUGAAGGGGAGUCUAGAUUGGAGGUUAAACUGUACUAACAUAAUUCUGAUUCCUAAGUGUGAUGGGGAAAAUUCAAUGCAUAACUUUAUGCCAAUAAUCUUGAUAGGAGGAGUUUAUAAAAUUUUAUCUAAGUUAUUGGCUGAAAGGUUAAAAUUGGUGUUUCCAACAAUUAUAUUAGAAUUUCAGGGAGCUUUUGUGGGUAGUAGGGAAAACACUGAUGGGAUAUUAAUAGCUUCAGAGCUCAUUGAUGCAAGAGAAAGAGCUGACAUGGAAGGAUUAGUGGUGAAGGUGUACUUAGAGAAGGCAUUUAAUAAUAUCAGUUGGUCUUGUUUGGAUUAUACAAUGGUAAGGAGUGGGAAAGGUGUUAAACAGGGAGAUCCUAUUUCUCCUUUUAUUUUUAUCAUGGUGGUGGAAGUACUUUCUUUACUAAUCAAGAGAGCUGCUUCUAUGGGUCUAAUUGGUGGUUUCAAGCCUAUCUACAAUGAGUCUUCUUGUACCAUUAAUCACCUACAAUUUGCAGAUGAUCUUGUGGUGUUCUUGGAUGAUGAUGUGGAACAGAUUCUUAACUUGAAAAGAAUUCUUUUAGCGUUUGAUCUUAUUUCUGGUUUGAAGUUACCUGUUUCUGUUGAGAAGAAAAUGGAAAAGAUUAUGAGAUAA